AGCACAGCGGGUGGUGCAGAGGCGCCAGAGCGGCUCUACCACAGGCGCCGAUCGAUCUCUCUGCAUCACCACAGAGAGCUAUGGCCGCGGUUGGGGUGGCCAGGUUUUGCUUUGUCUUCAGCCUGCGGCAGGGAUGCAUCAUCAUCGCCGUCGUCCAAUUGUUCCUGUCAGCAGUGGCCCUGUUCCUGCUGACCCUGGGCUUGGCGAAUGCUCAGGACGUGGCAGGCAUCCUGGCUGCGGACAUGGAGGAGUCUGCCAUGCACGACGACGACCCUCAGGCCCUGCUGAUGUCGCCGAGCAGCGACGGCCUGCCCAGCUCACCGCGCUCGCACAAUGAGGAGCAGCUGCUCAGGGCAGAGUCCCUGUCCAAAGUGAUCAUUUCGUGUGUGUAUGCUGGGUUGGCCCUUGCAGCCGUGAAAUUGGUUGCCUGUGUCCUUCUGCUAUACGGGACCUUAAUGAGGCACAGGCAAUGCCUGCUUCCCUGGUGUUGCGUGGUGCUGACCGAAAUGGUAUUCGUGUUUGCGGGUCUCGUCUUAUGCAUGACCAAGGGCAACAACCAUCACACUACAGUGCUCUUUGCUGUUGGCACAGUCCACUUGAUGAUCCUGUCGUACUUGUGGAGCGCUGUGGUCAACUUCUACAAGCAGCUUUGCAUGCAGGAAACCCUGCACGGCUCAGUGCGCCAAGUGACCGCCACCGACGCUCGCAACACAGGCUACCUGCAGUUCUCCAACAAACCGUACAGCGUCUAGCACACCAAACGUCCAGCUAAUCAGCCGCUUAAUACCACUAUUACUACAACUACUAUAUUUAAUUAUGAUAAUUAUUAUCUUACUAAUUACUUUCAGUAAUUUAAACAGCAAUACACAACAAUUAAACAAUAAACUAAUUACUUAAUCACGCUCAAAA